UUUCAGUAAGCAGCAAAGUACAGUUGAGUCCCACUGAUUUUUAUUUAAGGGCUUUUAGAUUGGUAAAGAAAGGAAUAGAAGAGAAGAGCUGAAGCAAAAGCUAAGCCAUACACCACCAUUACAGAAACAUUUGUCAGCCAAGCCAUUGUCACCAGAGCUUAAGAAGAUGCCAAACAGUAGGUUUUCCGGUUCUCUUUCGGGCCCUGAUGUGUCUGUUUCCAUCGACAUGGGACACCCUUUCCUUAAUCACACUGUUGAUGGAUUUUUGAAGAUCGGAGCUAUUGCAGCUACGAGAGCUUUAGCUGAGGAUGUUUUCCACAUCGUCAAGAAAGGGAGUAUUUCUAGUGGCAAUGUUGAGCACACUUUGAAGAAAAUGUGUAAAGAAGGUGCAUAUUGGGGAACUGUUGCUGGAGUUUAUGUGGGAAUGGAUUAUGGUAUUGAGAGAGUCCGUGGCACUAGAGACUGGAAGAAUGCCAUGAUGGCAGGGGCACUAACAGGAGCUGUAGCAUCCUUAGCCAACAAUCAAGACAAGGACAAAAUUUUUAUCAAUGCCAUAACAGGAGGUGCUAUAGCAACUGCUUCAGAAUUUAUUAACUAUCUCACCUGAAGCUUGGAAGUCUUUGUUUAGAUUCUGAAGAGCAAUGUUGUUAUUCUGUUUAAUUUUCCAGGUUGCAGCAAAUAAGUAGUGUGUUGAAUUGUGGAUAUUGAAUGUAAACAUUGUCGUAUCUGACCCAAUUUGAUAUCUACAAGUUAUUCCCUGCAAA